AUGACUUCACGUGCAGAAGAAGACUCUUUUGCAACGAGUAUCCUUAGUCCCUCUUCAGUCCAUCCGACACAGCAACAAUUUCAUCUCUCCUCACCACCAUCGUCUUCUUCAUCAACCUCAAGGCAGCCUCAUGUCUCCACAACAAAUACCAAUCCCUUCAAUGUUGCUAUUAAUCGACGUUUACGUAGUGGACUCAAAUGCCCCACGUGCUCAAAGGUAUUCAGCAACUCCAGUGCAAUAGCUAAGCACAAAUUGACCCACAGCGAUGAACGAAAGCACGUCUGCCCUGUCUGCAAGAAGGCCUUCAAGCGUCAAGAUCAUUUUUCUGUCGGUCGUAGGGGUGAUACUAGUCUCAUCCCCUGUUAA